AAAGAAAAAAAUUAGAUAUUUGACAAUUCAAUUUAAAAAAAAAGAAACAACAAGAAAGAAAAAAAAAACUCAUUCUCUCUGUUAUGAUGUAUAGACAGAGCGAGGCAGAAUCCGACUACGCUUUGUUGGAGUCGAUACGACGUCACUUGCUAGGAGGAGAGGCCGAGUUGCGGUUCACUGAGUCCACACCGAGUUCUUGUUUCACCGAGAGCUGGGGAGACUUGCCGUUGCAAGAGAACGAUUCGGAGGAUAUGUUAGUUUACGGACUCCUUAACGACGCCUUCAACGGAGCCUAUGACACGUCAUCUCCGUCGUCCGACUUGAGCUGUAUCACCGACUUUUCAUAUAUAGAACCAUCGUCAAAGCGCCAAACUAAUCCGUCUCAGAGCGAUUCUCCGGUGGUUAAAGCCGAACCGGCGGAGAACUUCGCAGCCGCGGAAGCGGAGAAACCGAAGGCGGCGACGGCGAAAGGGAAGCAUUACAGAGGGGUGAGACAGAGGCCGUGGGGGAAAUUCGCGGCGGAGAUUCGAGAUCCGGCGAAAAACGGAGCGAGGGUUUGGUUAGGGACGUUUGAGACGGCGGAGGACGCGGCGUUCGCUUACGAUAGAGCUGCUUUUAGGAUGCGUGGUUCCCGCGCUUUGUUGAAUUUCCCGCUGAGAGUUAAUUCCGGUGAGCCUGACCCGGUGAGGAUCACGUCAAAGAGGUCUUAUACUUCUUCUUCUUCAUCGUCUUCGUCAGAAAACGGGAAGCUGAAACGGAGGAGAAAAACAGAGAACGGACAGUCGGAGUUCCAGGUGAAAUGCGAGGUUGUCUAAGAGACAAGUGUCAGUUAAUUGUUGGUUUCGAAGCUUGAUGUGUGUUCUGUAGUAGAAAGUUUUGCUAUUAAAAUGUUGUGGCAGAUAGUAAAGUUCUCUUUCAGUUUCAUGUAAAUUAUAAAUUACUUGAUAUGGAUUUCAUUUGUUUUAUUUA